AUGAUCGAUCUAAUUGUUGCGUAUCUCACUCUUAUUGUUAUCAUAUUGUUAUUCAUCAUUGUUUUUUUAACUCUUUAUAUUAUUCAUGAACAUCGAAGGAAAAACAUAACUCAAUUAAAUCAAGAUCAAUAUGUUGUACCAUUACGCACUUUAAAAACGAAUGAACGAUCUAAUGGUAAUAACUCAAAUUCUGUAAUUCUCUCAGCUACACCCAAACGAACUCGACAUCGACCUCCAACACUAUUUAUUCGUACACAAAACUCUCAAGGUUUUCUUCUAUCCAACGGUGAUCUAUCAUCUCUGUCAAUUCAUAAUAAGAAAUUAACUCAACAUCAUACGAAAUCUACGCUCGAUCAGACAACUAUUCAUUUCGAUAGUUAG